AAAUUUGCCCUAAACUUUGCCCUAGAAGUAAAAAAAAAGCGACAUUAGGGUUCUUGAGAGGGAGAGAGAAUGGAUGUGCUCAAGGAUCCCUUCCGCGAUCUCAAGGAAGUGCUGCUCAGGGCGAAAUCACUGCCGCCAUACACCAAGAAGGAUGUGGAUACGUUCAUCGCCUCGGAUCCAGUCUACGGGCCUCAGCUCCGAAAGAUGAAUGACGCGAAGCUAUUCUGCUACGCCGGCACUGCCGGAGGCGCUGUUGGAACUGGAUUCAUGUCUCACGCGCUCGGCAAGCAACCACGAAUCACUGCAAUGGCGAUUCUUGGAGGGGGAUUCGUCGGCAUGGCGCUGGGAGGCGAGCUAGCAAACUUCGCGCUGGGUCUUUACAAAUUCAAGCGAACGGAGCCAAAGAAGAAGUUCCUCGAUUGGUGGGAGAAGCAAAACCGAUGAGAGGCAUCGGAGCUCCAAUAAGUUUCUUCGCGUACUUUGUAGGAUCUCGCGAGUUAGAACAUAAGGUGCGCCAUUGCUCUCGUCCAGCUCGAUCAUUUCGCUCUCGUGGACAGUGCUGCCACUGCUGGGACCUCGGAUCAGACAGGUGAAAUCCUGGAUCUUUGGAACAAAAGGCAUGGUCUGGACGAGUUCUUUGGCUUCGACAAAGUGUCCAGCUCUAGACAGAAGAUCAACCAUGCAGCUAAAGUGUUCCUUGCGAACAUCAAAGCCGUGAUCCAGUCUCAUCGAUCGAAAGUAGCUCAAGCCUCGAUCGACGUCGCCGGCAUGGCUACAACCGAGAAGAACACACAGGAAGGAAGCUCCGGUCGGCUGGAAGCCAUGGAGUAGCAUCGCCCAGUAAAGCUCCAGCGUCUUUUCGA